AUGAGUGCCUUAGUACCAUUUGACCACACGUUUGUCCUGUACGAUUCGUCCGAUCUAAUAUCUUUGGCAGCGGCAGUGUGGUCACUGGUUCCAAUCUUCAUUUUGGUAUUCUAUUUCUCAUGGUUUGUAUGUACGCGUGAAAUUGAAGCUGUUAUUGUAGCAGCUGGUCAUGUAGCCAAUGAUGUUGUCAACAGUCUAGUCAAAAACACGCUUAAACAGGAAAGGCCUGAGCUGGCCAGUGAACUAGCCGGCUUUCGGGUUGUGGGGAACGGAUUUAAUGAGUUCUUGGGCACUCAAUAUGGAAUGCCAAGCGCUCACAGUCAGUUUAUGGGCUUUUUCGCUUCUUAUUUUGUCCUCAAGCUCUGGUUACAAUGGUCAAGAUCAGAAGGUAAAGCUCCUUCCCAGCAAAUGAAAGUGUUUGGAACGCUAUGUUUUCUUCUUGCCGCGUAUUGUGUGUGCGCCUCAAGAGUUUACUUGUUUUACCACACUUUGGAACAAGUUGCAGUGGGCGUAUCCCUUGGUGCAUUUCUGGGUACAUGCUAUUUCCUUCUCAUCUCCUUUGCCAGAGCUAUAAGCCUAGUCAAUUGGGUAGUCAAUUGGCCGUUCUCCAGCUGGUUGAGUGUGAAAGACUCUUGGGCUGAAGGAGGGUUGACGUUGAAAGAAGAGAGAUUACAAUGGCUGGAAAGGUGUAAAGGAUGUAAGUUGGGAACGAGUGAAAGUGAGAAGAAAGGGAAUUAA